CGCGGUCGCGGCGCUUAAUCCAGGCGGCACGGGCGGCUCCGGGCCCCCCGGGCUCCGCGGUCCGGAGGACGCCAUGGACGACAAGGAGUUAAUCGAAUACUUUAAGUCUCAGAUGAAAAAAGAUCCUGACACGGCCUCAGCAGUGGCUGCCAUACGGACUUUGCUGGAGUUCUUGAAGCGAGAUAAAGGGGAGACAAUCCAGGGCCUGAGAGCGAAUCUCACCAGAGCCAUAGAGACCCUGUGUGGCGUGGACUCCUCCGUGGCCGUGUCCUCGGGCGGGGAGCUCUUCCUGCGCUUCAUCAGCCUCACCUCCCUGGAGUACUCUGAUUACUCCAAGUGUAAAAAGAUCAUGAUUGAGCGGGGGGAGCUUUUUCUCAGGAGAAUAUCGCUGUCGAGAAGUAAAAUUGCAGAUCUGUGCCAUACUUUCAUCAAAGACGGGGCGAGAAUACUAACUCACGCCUACUCCCGAGUGGUCCUGAAGGUCCUGGAAGCAGCCGUGGCGGCCAAGAAGCGCUUCAGUGUGUACAUCACCGAGUCGCAGCCUGACUUAUCCGGUAAGAGAAUGGCCAAAGCCCUGUGCCACCUCAACGUCCCUGUCACUGUGGUCCUGGAUGCUGCUGUGGGCUACAUCAUGGAGAAAGUGGAUAUUGUCAUAGUUGGUGCUGAAGGAGUUGUUGAAAACGGAGGCAUUAUCAACAAGAUUGGAACCAACCAGAUGGCUGUGUGCGCCAAGGCCCAGAACAAGCCUUUUUACGUGGUUGCAGAGAGUUUCAAGUUUGUACGGCUCUUCCCACUAAACCAGCAAGACGUCCCAGAGAAGUUCAAGUACAAGGCGCACACUCUGAAGUCUGUGCAGACGGGGCGAGAUCUCAGAGAGGAGCACCCAUGGGUGGACUACACCUCCCCGUCCUUAAUAACACUGCUGUUCACAGACCUGGGGGUGCUGACACCCUCGGCGGUCAGCGACGAGCUCAUCAAGCUGUACCUGUGACAGGACCCCCCCUGCACAGCUGCCUCGCGGUGUCAGGAGCCUCUGCCCUCCGUGCGCCAGGCCUGGCGCCUUCGGUUUUUAAUAGAGAUUUAUGGACUAAGGACCUAAAAUCCUAAGUCCUGGCGAAGUUUUUACUCUUUUCAGCCCCAUUUAAACAUGUUCCUGCUUCCCCUAAAACGCAGCCUAAAGGU